CAAGGGAAAUAGCUGUUCGCUGGGGGGAGGGUAGUCCUGAAACAGCUGGCUUGUUUUAAAACGCUGGUAUAUAGAGGUACAGACGUACGAGACCGCACAGCGCUGCAAAACACACAUCCAUUGAAAAGGAGAAAGGAGGUGAAGGAGAGGCGGCGACAAAUCAGAUCUUACCUUGGAUGUGGCUUGGAACCGAAGUUUUUACAGUUGCAUACUUUUUCAGCAGGGGAAGAACAAUCACCGUUUUGUGCUGCCUGCGAAACUUGAAAGAAAGAAAAAACAAACAUAUUUACCGAAUACUACCAGUCAGCAAAACUUAGUGGUCGCGGCAAGCAAGAAGAGGAAUUGAGUUUUUCGAAGAAGGCAAGCACAAGGAAAGAAAGGAAGAAACGCCCUCCGCAACUCCGCCACACUUGUGUAUAUCCCGAUCUGCAUAUGUGGGAGGAAGGAAUCCAGGUGAUGGGCUUACCUGGCUUCGGAAUUAAAUGUUAAUAGAGGCGGACGUGGUGGCGGCGAGGGAGACGGAGGAAGCCGACUUUUGGUUUUGUUUUUGGUGGCGAGACUUUUCUGAAGAUGUCCCUUUGGGUGAUAUUACCUGUCAGUCUGCCAGUCUUUACGAUCACUGGAAUAUGGGUCGUAUAUGCCAUGGCCUUGUACAACAUGCACGUUUGUCCUGUGGAUAACUGGGUUUAUAAUGAGUCCUGUGAGGAGAAGCUGUCUCUACAGGGAGGUCCGGUGCUGUGCUGCACGCUGGACAACGUGCCUCUUAUCAGUAAGUGUGGUACCCUGCCCCCAGAGAGCUGCUUCUUCAGUCUGAUCUGCAGCACGGGCUCCUUCAUGGUGAUGGUGAUCGGCCUGCUGCGGUAUGGCCUUGUCGUUGAGAAGUACCAGAACUGUGUGCUGAACACGGCCGGGCUCUCCACUGGCUGGAUCUGUGCUGCAGGCCUCAUCAUGGUGGGAAACUUCCAGGUGGACUACGCCAAGAUCCUGCACUAUGUGGGCGCGGGGGUGGCAUUCCCCACCAGCAUGCUGUUCGUGUGCCUGCAGUCUGCGCUCACUUACCGCCUGGCCAAGACGCAGGGCGAGUACUGCGUGGGUCACCUGCGGCUGGCCAUGACACUGCUGGCCUUCGUCUCCCUGGUGCUCAGUGGCGUCUUCUUUGCCCAGGAGAGCUUUUUGCUGCAGCACGCCUCGGCCAUCUUCGAGUGGGUCUUCUGCAUCAUCAUCAUGCUCUUCUACGGGACCUUUGCCUUCGAGUUUGGGGGCGUGUCCUGCGAAACGCUGAUGGUGCUGGCCAGGGGCGCGGGGGCCCAACGGGGCCUGUCCCGUGGCGGCAGCGGGCACAAGGCGGAGGCAAUAGGGGGUCCCGUACACCUCCAACACACACCUGAGGGCAUAGCUAUGCUGUAGGGGACCUCAAAGGGGCCACAGGCCCGGCCUCAGCAAUCACUCACGGGCCCAGAUUGGGCAUUAGCAGAGUAUUCCAAGGUAGGAAAACGGGAACCCAUUGUGGCCCCCUGCCAAAGCUACAGAGGACCCCCACACAUCUGGAGGAUGCCCUGCCUCAUUUUUGCACAAUGAUAAGACACUAAAGGCCCCCUCCAACACUGCCCCCCUCCCCCCACCCCCACCCACCCACCGAAAGGGGUUCCAAAACUGUACACCCCUAUGUGGUGAAUAUUAGACCAAAUACUUCACAGAUGUUGAUGUCAUCAGUGUGCUGCCAGUGCUCACAGACAAGGAGGGUUCUGGGAAUCACCGUAGCCGUGAGAGCAUUUGUGACCCGAAGCCUUACAUCACUCUGGCAGUUAAAACACAGUACUGCGCAUGUGCACGUGACUCACACACGAGGACGCAAACAGGAGUAAGGGAAUUGUUACACUGUAUAAAUUGUUGAAAGACAUGUUAUGAAAAUCUCAAGUGCCUACCUUCCCUGCUGCCUUUAGUAUUUAAUUGUUUGUCCAGUCAAAGAGUGGUGAUGUCAUCCUAAUCAAUGCACCAACAAUGGACCAAAAUAACACAUGCAUGCAAUAUUCUAAAUCGAUCAAAUGCUAGUCACUUGUAAUGGCUUACAAUUGCUCUGUUGCAUUUGUCAAAAGAAAAAUUGCUGUAAAUCAUUUACACAUUACCCAUGCAUUUUUGUUGAUAUCUUACUUUAUAAAUUAAGUAUUUUCUGCUACAUAGUGACAUAUUGAUCUUUAAAUGCUCAAUGGUAGCAGUGUUGGGGAAAAAACAGCUUAGGCUGGAUAUCAGCCAUUGAACAGCUGAUUACCAAAGGCAGUGGAGACUCAGUCUUUCUAGAAUGGUCUGUUUUUCUAUCAGUGGAGAAACUUACCAGGGGCUCUCAAAUGCUCAAACCAAAUCAUCAGAUAGAGAAUACAAACUCAACACCACUUUAUAUGGACAUCCUUGCCACACAUUUUUCAUCAGGGUUCUAAUAAAAUGCUCUCUUUACAGAAGUAUUAAUUCCUUUGUAGAUUUUCACACAUAGAAAUAUUUUUAUUUUGAGAUAUAUCCAAGAGACAUUCGUUUAUAUUUCCCGUGGGCAUUAAUACAGUAUGGGAAGGUGCACCCCUUGCUGUGGGUGCAUUUCUGUUUUCUUCUUCUACAUUUUAAAGUUAUUUGAAAAGAGGUUUUCUUGCUGUUUUCAAGAGAAACCAAAGGGAAAUGUAUGCUUUUUUUUUUUUUUUAAAUGUUUUACUACAGAUGUUAUUUUUUCCAUUUGCUGCAACAUUAUUUUUGUAAUUUAUCCAUUGUACACGUUAUGUCCUCACAGAUAUGAUUGGCCUUUUAAUCAGCUUCUCUGUCAAUAAGACAACCAAAUAAUCUAUGCAAAGAAAGCUGCAUUUAACACUUUUCUUUUGUAAAACAAACAAAGAAGCAAAAAAUGCAAUUACAAGGUUUACAGAAAGAUGGUAUUGCACAGUGGGACGUAACUGAAUUUGUGUUCACAAUUUUGCUUGCCUCAUUAAAAGAUUACCCUGCAUUUUGUGUUCUUGAAAAUGACAGUGUUAAACAUUUUGAUCAGUCAGUCCCAAGAAAAUGCAAAACUAUAAUUUCCCCACUCAGUCUGGUAAUUAAACCCUAUUACUUUAUCUCCCACCUCUGUAUUAUGAAUGAAAAAAUGCACAACAGUUCUCAAAGCCUGCCACACAGACAAGUGGAGACUUUUGUUCAAGGGCCCAAUUUUCUUUUCUCUCAAAGUGUAAUUGCAGCAGAACUGUCUUUACUUCAUAAUUGCACGCCCCCAAAAUGAGACAUUGUGUAAGAAAGCAUCCCUAUUAAACAAUUAUUUGGGCUAUUAACAAAUUCUUUAUUGAUUUAGUUCUGUCAUUUAUAUAGUCUCUUUACCUUAGUAGACUAACCAAAGAACAGGAUUUCAACCUGCAUUUACUUUGAGAUAAAAAAUGGCUCUUCAGACCAAUGAGAAACCUUUGAGUUUUCCUCACACGGAAAACAUUGCUUUAACUCUGUAUCUACAUGUCUUCAAUAGUUCAUACAGGGGUGUUGAUGUACCACGAAUCCAUGAUUCCAGUUAUUGCUAAUGUAGCCACUGUAAGUGGUCCUGCAUUAAUGGGUACAAUACUCAUUUUUCAUUUAUGAUCGCAUCUCAGGAAUAUCCCUUUACCAGCUCUUUGAUGUCAGUCCUUUUUUAUGUUGCAUGUUCAGAGUUACUUUGUAUAUUUUAUGGGCGGUUUAAUCGUUGUUUAAGGGCUGUUUGUGGGUUCCGUAUUACCUUUAUUGGUGAGCAUGUUAUGUUACUGUGUUCUUCCUAUAAGCAAUGACUACAUGCUACGUGAAAGGUCGACUUUUUCUGUUCUUUCUUUUUUUGGCUCAUCUCCUCUGCAAGUGAACCAAUAUACGGUUCUGUCAAGGAAAUGAAGGCAGAGUUAGUUUUGAAACAACAUUCAGUGAGAAAAGGUAUUUGAUCAUUUCUCAGUUUAAUAGCAGCAGUAAAGCCAGUCACCAUGAAAACCAGUGCCUUUAUUUUAUCUCUUUUUUUAUAUAAAAACGAGACCAAAGACCAAAUGUGUUACUGUAUGUUUAUUGUUUCAUCUACAUCUGUUUUAAAUGUUCAAAAAAAAUGAAUAGAUGUUGUGUUCAACUAUUAAAAGCAGAUUUUGAAAAAAAAAAACAA